GAAACAUGCCCAUAAAUAUCUUAAAAUUGGUAAUGCCCUUCAUAAACCCUUCUCUUCCUGAAAAUCUUAUCUUCCUCUCUUUCUAUCCUUACAAGUCCAGAAGAAGAGCCAUGUCUACUGCUUCAGCCUCUUAUCUGGCUCUUCCUUCUCUCAACGCCAAAACUCUUUCCCUUUGCAACCCCAACAAACUCACUUCUCUCUCUUUUGUCUCUCCCUCUUCCUCUUCUCUCAGGUUACAUGCCAAGCCCAUUUCAAUUCCCACUUCAUUUUUCCACUCCUUGGGAGUUCUCCGACAACCCUUUUCCUCUCGCUUCGUUCCCAACGUUGCUAUUUCUUCUGAGUUCGGAGAGGAGGUCGCGAGCGAUGGAGAUGAUCCCACUUUCUCUCCCGACCUCAAAUUGUUUGUGGGUAAUCUUCCCUUUAGCGUUGACAGUGCCCAGCUUGCUGGCUUGUUUGAAAGCGCUGGAAAUGUUGAGAUGGUUGAGGUAAUAUAUGACAAAGUAACUGGGAGAAGCAGAGGAUUUGGUUUUGUGACCAUGUCAACUACUGAGGAAGUUGAAGCAGCGGCUCAGCAGUUCAAUGGCUAUGAACUCGAGGGUAGGCCAUUGAGAGUGAAUUCUGGACCUCCUCCCCAGAGGGAAGCUUCUUCCAAUAGAAGUCCCCGAGGUGGUGAUACUUUCGAUUCUGCCAACCGGUUGUAUGUUGGUAACCUUUCUUGGGGUGUUGAUAACUUGGCACUUGAGACCUUGUUCAGUGAGCAAGGGAAAGUUGUGGAAGCUAAGGUGAUUUAUGAUAGAGAGAGUGGUAGAUCAAGGGGCUUUGGGUUUGUUACUUACAGUUCUGCUGAAGAGGUUGAAAAUGCCAUUGAGUCCUUGAAUGGCGUUGAAUUGGAUGGCAGAGCAAUUCGGGUCUCUGUUGCAGAAGCUAGGCCAAGACGUCAAUUUUGAGCAAAAAACCUUUGCUGUAUUUCUUGGUGAACGAAUGCUACAGGGACUUGGAAGAUGAGCAACUGCAAUCUGUUGCUGUAUUGGUAUUCUUGAAACACAUGCCAAAUGAUCCUUGUUCCUAAAUUGCUUGUAGAAAUGACAAUCAUGUGCUUCUUAGAUGUAUGCAUCUAGAUGAACAAGAGCCCUGCAUUGAAAUUUCUUGAUGUAUGUUUUGGGUACCAUGAUCCUGAUGAAAACUCUCAUUUGUAAGGCUAUUUAUAAGUUCAAUGUGUCAGUUAUUUAGUAUGGCUUUCCCAUA